AUGGGUAACCUCUGCCUGAGGCUCCGGACCUACCUGGAUUGUUGUCCCCCCUGCUGGUGGUCUGAGGAGGCAGACAAGCCCGGGGUGAUUCAGAACCCAUGGGCUGACUGCCCUCCUGAUCCUCCCCGGCCGCCGGCUCCAGAGCCCGAGAGAAGCCAGGGCCAGUUCUUUGUGGCUCUAUUUGAUUACCAGGCUCGGACAGCCGAGGACCUGAGCUUCCACGCGGGUGACAAGCUCCAAGUCCUAGACAAGUCCCACGAGGGCUGGUGGCUGGCCAGGCACUUGGAGAAAAGGGCCGACAGCGCCGGCCAGCAGCUGCAGGGCUACAUUCCUUCUAACUAUGUGGCUGAAGACAGGAGCCUCCAGGCAGAGCCAUGGUUCUUUGGAGCAAUCAAGAGAACAGAUGCUGAAAAACAACUAUUAUAUUCAGAAAAUCAGACGGGAGCUUUUCUAAUCAGAGAAAGUGAAAGUCAGAAAGGCGAUUUCGCCCUUUCAGUUUUAGAUGAAGGGGUUGUGAAACACUACAGAAUCAGAAGACUGGAUGAAGGGGGCUUUUUCCUCACCCGGAGAAGAACCUUUUCAACAUUGAAUGAAUUCGUGAGUCACUACACCAAGACAAGUGAUGGCCUGUGUGUCAAGCUGGGAAAACCAUGCUUAAAGAUAGAAGUCCCAGCUCCCUUUGAUUUGUCAUAUAAAACUGUGGACCAGUGGGAGAUUGACCGCAGCUCCAUACAACUUUUGAAGCGAUUAGGAUCUGGUCAGUUUGGUGAAGUGUGGGAAGGCCUGUGGAACAAUACCACUCCGGUAGCAGUAAAAACAUUAAAACCAGGUUCAAUGGAUCCAAAUGACUUCCUGAGGGAGGCACAGAUAAUGAAGAACCUAAGACAUCCAAAGCUUAUCCAGCUUUAUGCUGUUUGCACUUUAGAAGAUCCAAUUUAUAUUAUUACAGAGUUGAUGAGACAUGGAAGUCUGCAAGAAUAUCUCCAAAAUGAUGCUGGAUCAAAAGUCCAUCUGACGCAGCAGGUAGACAUGGCAGCCCAGGUUGCCUCUGGAAUGGCCUAUUUGGAAUCCCAGAACUAUAUCCAUAGAGAUCUGGCUGCCAGAAAUGUCCUUGUUGGGGAACAUAAUAUCUACAAAGUGGCAGAUUUUGGACUUGCAAGAGUUUUUAAGGUAGAGAAUGAAGACAUCUAUGAAUCUAAACACGAAAUAAAGCUGCCAGUGAAGUGGACUGCGCCUGAAGCCAUUCGUACUAAUAAAUUCAGCAUUAAGUCUGAUGUGUGGUCGUUUGGAAUCCUUCUUUAUGAAAUCAUUACUUAUGGCAAAAUGCCUUAUAGUGGUAUGACGGGUGCUCAGGUAAUCCAGAUGUUGGGUCAGAACUAUAGACUCCCUCAACCAUUUAACUGUCCAUUGCAAUUCUACAAUAUCAUGUUGGAGUGCUGGAAUGCAGAGCCUAAAGACCGGCCGACAUUUGAGACACUGCACUGGAAAUUUGAGGAUUAUUUUGUAACAGAUUCUUCAUAUUCGGAUACAAAUAACUUUCUAUGA